AUGCUCUUUAACCGCCAUCCCUCGCGGGUGCCGCAACAACCAAAGCAACCUCUGAUACCUGAAAAUUAUUUGGAUGCGCCAUCACAGAGGCUUUACUAUUUGAGCCUCGGGCUUCUUUGUCAAGCAAUCAAACUCCUCGAUUUUCUCAGGUCAUUGGCAUCUCCGAGUGAAAGACUCACGAUUUGUGUCAAGUGGCUCUUCGUGGAUUUCUUAUACUGCUUCCUUCUCUCCCAACUUCGAAUACCGCGGCUCAAUUACAGCAAAGCAAGUGUUUUGCUCCAAAUAUGUCUACUAUGGUUUUUGGACGGAAUCAUGUUUGGAGGAAUAAGUCUCAAUGUUCCAGCUCUGUUCAGUGGUGGCUCUCUAUCGGCUAUAUUUCCAAGGAGCCCUGAUAUACCUUCCACACCCGAACCAUUCAGUUUUUACGAUGUUGUGGCGCCAUUCACCUUCGGAUUGCUUUCUCAACCAGCAGGCUCAAGAGAUACUCACCUGCUUGGCCAACAUACCGUUCGCAUGUCUCCAAUUAGCACCGCCCAAUUGAACCCCCAGGCAGUCAAUUUCUGUCUGUCGACACCAACGAGUGUUAUCCAUGUUCCUGUCCUUCUCAAUAACACCAAUCUGUCCAGCCUCAAGUAUUCAAUCACUCCAUUAGGGUAUCCGACAGAUGUAGCGCACGGCAAGGUUGAACUGGUUGAAAUCAGUGCGAAGGACAUCAAAGCCAUUUCACAAGCCUUCCGUGAUGAGCAGGCGAAGCCCUCUCGUCUUCGAAUUCCCGAAGAUCGCGACGAAUACGACGACGACGACGAGUCGCACGAGCAAAAUUCCCAUUCCAUGCUGCAGAAGUCGCAGUCAAUGGUUUACCUCCGACUUGCUCGAUCGGGCACCAUACGCCUGGAACAUGUAUUGGAUGUCUCUGGUAUCGAAGCACGAUUAUCUCAUUCCGAGGUCGUGGUUGUGCCUUGCCCUGAAGUAGCCUUCGUCGAGGAUGUGCAAAGUACCAACGACACCAUUCGCUGCGCAGGUCAGGACACUGAUAUCAAACUGAUGAUCGAUGUCCGCGGGGUCCCACCAUUAAGCAUAAGAUGGCUCAAGAUCAUCAAUGGAGUUCGGGAGCAGUUUCUGGUGGAAGGAAUUGAAACAGACCAUCGUCGGGGCUCAGAAGACUCUCAUCCAGACCGAUUACAGGAGGUUUCCGAAAAGGGAGACCCUUCGUCCCUGGCUUUAAAAAUUCCUCUGACCGUCUCUCUUGACGAACCGGGAACGUAUGUGUAUGCUCUGGAGGAAAUCACGGAUGGUGUUGGCAAUGUUGUGCGUUCAGGGCAUGAUCUCGCCACAGCAAACCAAUCUAUAAGUAAGACAAGGACAACAAGGUCUUUCGUCGUCUUGAGAAAACCUGCCAUAUCAUUUGAUCACUGCAGCUCUGAUGCUCCAACGCCUUUGUUGAUUGGUUCAGAGGCGACUUUAUCGAUCAAAGCUGUUGAAGCUGAUGAUUUGGAUGCACCUUGGGAAGUUUAUGUGAAGUACCAGCCUCUCACCGAUGCCGACAGCGUUGCUGCCAAUAAGAGGCUUAAACCUUGGAAGAAAACUUUGAAGACUCAAGGAGAUCGGAGGGAACUGAAUGUCCGUGCGAGCUCACCCGGAGAAUACACUAUUGCAGGGGUUAAGGGGAAGUGGUGUUCUGGCACAGUUCUUGCGCCCUACACUUGCACUGUCGUCGAGCGGGCGUUGCCGUCCGCCGAAAUUGAAUGGAAGCGCAUCCAUGAGUGCUCGGGAGACACGGGUGUUUCAGCUUCCCUCAUCCUUCGUGGCACGCCACCAUUCCAGGUUCAUUACCGCAUGCAGCGUGAUAAUGAACCACCUCGAGAAUUCUCAAAACAAUUUACUAACUCCCGAGGCGAAUUAACCUUGCAGCCUGAGCGGAGCGGCCACUAUACUUUUACCUUUGUCCACCUCAGUGACGCAAACUACAGAAAGGUCGAACUCCAUGGCCCAAGCAUUGAUCAACUUAUUCACCCUCUUGCUUCCGCUGACUUCUCUGACGUGCACGGCGUUGGACGGAGCAAAAAGUUGAUCAGUAGUUGUGAUGGUGAUGCAGUGGAUAUACAUGUUAAUCUUAAAGGCACAGGUCCCUGGAAUUUGGACUUGCAAAUUAUCGGCCCUCAUAGUUCCGAAACUGUGCUCGUCACAGGAAUUGAAAAACCGAGGGAAAUCAUCUCAGUUUCAAUUCCAGAGGCAGUGAGGAAGAGUGGCGGUACUUUUGAAGUUGAUCUAGUGAGCGUGGAGGAUGCUUACAAGUGCAGGCGAUCUAUCUCUGUACCUGGAGUCGUCGUAAAUGUGAAACGUGUCCGGCCAACUGCUCGAUUCUAUGGUAGCACUCAAGAACGUCAUACGACGAUAACAGAAGGCGAACGUGCAAGCCUUCCCUUACGAUUGACUGGCGAUGGACCCUGGCGUAUGAAGUACCGCCGAAUUGGCGCCGACGACAAAGUCAUGACGUUGAGACUGAAUAGUCCUAAUGACUAUCUUCACGUCACAGAGAAGGGCGUCUACGAAAUCAUCGAUAUUGUAGAUUCACAGUGCUCAGGCUCGACGGCCACAGACGCGACGACUUACACAGUCGACUGGCUACCUCGUCCAGUGGCCAAACUUUCUCCUGCGGUUGAUGCGACAUAUGAUGUGCAUAAUGGGUCUUUCAUUUUGCGACCUAUCUGUGAAGGGUUGAACGAUCACGUAGAUCUUGAACUUUCAGGGCGACCUCCCUUCCAGAUUAUGUACAAUGUUGCUCAAGGGCAUGAACUAGGGGGAACGCAGCUCAUGGAUCAACCGACGUUUAACAGCCUUCAACCUCGCACGCGCUUCCAGCUCCAUACCUCAUCCCCUGGGCGCAUGUAUUACGAAGUAAAGCAAAUCGGAGACUCCGCAUAUCCUCUUGCGAAACAUGCAAAUGCAAUCAUUCCCCGUUCACAAAGGCUAUUGUUUGAACAGCAAGUCUCAAUGCGCCCUUCCGCCCAUUUCAAAAACCGCAAUAGGAUGACUUAUUGCCUAUACGACGCGUUCGUACCUUUGGAUUCUACAUCUGCCGAUGGAAUCAUUCUUCUCGAAGGCGCACCCCCUUUUACUGUAACGCUCAGCAUCAAAAAUUUGGCUGCAAGUCAGAUUAAGACGGAAAGAGUCGUGGUCUCGUCUAAUGCGUGGAAAAUCGAUUUGCCAUCAUAUAGCUUCAUGGCCGUUGGUGCACACAUCGUCACCAUCGAAUCUGUGACCGACGCAUCCAACUGUGCUCAAUCGACAUCUGAUCCAUUGUACAGUUCUAUUUGGGUGGAUGUUGCAGAGACUGCCGCUAUCAUACCAUUUGAACGACGCGAAGAUAUUUGUGUUGGAGGGAUAUCUCAGUUCCAACUAGAGGGAAUUCCACCCUGGACUAUUGGGUACCGAAUCAAUGGGAAAUCUUACACGCAAGAGGCAAAAGUUUCUCCUUUCUCCCUCCUCCAACAGCAGUCAGGUGAAUUCACGGUUACACAUAUUGCACAUCAGCAGAAGAUGUGCAAAGCUGUGGUUACGGAUUUGAGAUUUGUUGUGCAUCCUCUUCCAUCAGCUCAAGUUGGCCAUGGAAAGAGGGUAUUCCAGGAUAUACAUGAAGGCGACCAGGCCGAGAUAGUAUUUACGCUAAUCGGAGAACCUCCUUUCACAUUUACUUACCAACGAUCGGAACCAAGCCCAAAGAAAGGCGGAAAACCUGGGAAGGUCCUUGAAACUCAUACUGUCUCUCGUGUUCUUACAAAUGAGUACUCAAUAUUUUCGGCUCUAGAGGGAACAUGGACUGUGACCUCCAUUUCGGAUCGUUACUGUCGAUAUCCGCCUGCGCAACCUGAUUCGAGUGUUGAAAGGCAACGGCACUGA